CUAUAAAAGGACACCACCAUUGUUUUGAAACAAGAGAGUUGAGGUUGUUGAGGUGCAAGAAUGAGUGGCACACCCACAUCCCACAUAGAAGCACGUAGCAUGAGUAGUAGUGGGAGCAAGCCAGGUGGCUGGAGAAGUUUUCCCUUCAUCAUUGGUGCAGCGACAGGGUCGUCACUUGCUUCUGCAGGAAUCAUAGCAAACCUGAUAGUGUAUCUGAUACAGGAAUUCAACAUAAAGAGCAUCACUGCUGCUCAGAUUUCAAACGUGGUUAACGGAAGCAGCAAUCUAUUCCCAUUUCUUGCUGCAAUCAUCGCUGACUCUUUCUUUGGCUCCUUCUCUGUUGCCUUGAUUUCCUCUUGUGUUUCUUUCCUGGGCACAGUUAUCUUAGCCUUGACAGCUACAAUCACCUCCUUGAGGCCUCACCCCUGCAACAACGAUGGCUCUAACCACCAGUGCACACCCCCUUCGGUGUUCCAAUACACUGUUCUCUACGCCGGCACAGCACUCGCCGCAAUCGGUUUCGGCGGCGCACGCUUCACAACCGCCACACUGGGAGCGAACCAGUUCGACAAGCCAGAGCAUCAAGCGAAUUUCUUCAACUGGUUCUUCUUCACAUGGUACAUUUCUUCUGUCAUCGCAAUCACUGCGCUUGUGUACGUUGAAGAUAAUGUGAGUUGGGUUUUGGGAUUUGGUGUAUGUGCUGUGGCGAAUUUGAUUGGGGUGGUGAUUUUCUUGUUGGGGUAUCGAUUUUAUCGCCCUGAUGACCUGAAACGAAGCGCGCUCUUGGAUUUGGUUCGUGUUCUUGUUGUUGCUGUUCGGAAAUGGAAAUCUCAGCUCUCAUCAAGAAAAGAGGAUUACUAUAGUGUUAUUGAUCAUGAUUAUGAUCAUGAUGGAGUGGGUCCAGUGCUUCCUGCAGCUGCAACACCAGGAAAAAGAUUAAGGUUCUUCAAUCGUGCUGCACAGAUAACUGAUGGAGACCUUAAAUCAGAUGAUGGCUCAAUUGAGAAACCAUGGAGGCUAUGCACAGUUCAACAAGUGGAAGAUUUCAAAACAGUAAUUGGAAUCCUGCCACUGUGGAGUUCAAGUAUAUUCCUAGGCACUCCAAUAGGAAUCCUAAGCAGCUUGACAAUCCUUCAAGCUUUAGCCAUGGAUCGUUCUCUAGGACCCCAUUUCAAAAUCCCAGCUGGCUCUACACCUGUUAUAGCCCUAUUAUCCACAUCCAUUUUCCUCACCCUUCUUGACAGGGUGCUCUGGCCUGGAUGGCAAAAGCUGACAGGAAAAUCUCCUACACCUCUCCAACAAAUCGGAGUAGGCCACGUGUUCAAUGUGCUUGCUUUGGUUGUCUCUGCUCUUGUUGAAUCAAAGAGGCUCAAGAUAGCUCAUAAACACCAGCUCCAAGUUCAACAUGACCCCACAGUUAACAUGUCAGUACUCUGGUUGUUUCCACAAUUAGUGCUAAUGGGCAUUGGAGAAGCAUUUCAUUUUCCAGCACAAGUUACAUUCUACUACCAACAGCUUCCACAAUCACUGCGGAGCACAUCAACUGCUAUGAUUUCCAUGCUUGUAGGGAUUGCUUUUUACCUGAGCACGGCCUUAAUUGACCAAGUUCGUAGGGUUACUGAUUGGUUACCUGAUGACAUUAAUCAUGGGAAGUUAGAUAUCUUUUACUGGAUGUUAGUUCUGUUAGGUGGCAUCAACUUUGGGUAUUACUUGUUAAGUUCCACUUUGUAUAAGCAUGAAAAUGUUUAAGAGGAGAUGGUGUUAUGGUUGUAUAAUAAACACAAAUGUUGGAUGCCAUAAAAUUAUCUGCAUAAAUUGGAUAUGAAUUUUACAUGGA